AUGCCCUACCCUAAUACCGCAGACUACAUUCCCCUCGCCCUCUUCCCCCCCUCCCAGAAGGCUCCAAUUUCCUCCUCCAUUUGUUCUCGUCGCCGUGUUUUCCUCGCCGUUCUCUUCAGUGCUUCAGUCCUCACAUUCUUUGUCCUCCUCAGACAGUCCUUCCAAUACUCAGAUGACGACGACUUCGACGAUCUCGACGUUGACCUCUUUCCAGAGGCCACCUCGUCCCUCCACACCUCCUACCUCCCCUUCGAGACGUCCCUCCUCCCUGCUCCCGGCCCUGCACCCACCCUGAAGCCCGUCGUCGAUCUUCCUUCUUCCUGUCUGGACGCCUACUAUUCCCAAGGCGAUCUCUGUUACUCUUCCCAAGUCCCAAAACUCGACUUUCUCUGGACAUGGGUCAACGGCUCCGACCCCCUCGAGCUCGACGCCAAACUCGAUGCCCAAGACACCUAUGCCGACGACGACCCUUGGCGGCCCACUGGCGCCGUUUCAGAAGUGCGUCUCUACCGGAACCACGAUGAGCUCCGCCACUCCCUCCGCUCUGUCCUCGCAAACUUCCGCAAGUACAUCGGCCACUUCCGCCUCCUCACAUCAGACUUCCCCGUCCCCGCCACCACCCCAAACCUCACCUUGUCCGCCUCUUGGCGCCUCGGCCAGAUCCCUCAGUGGCUCGACCUAGGUAAGCACACCCACUCCGGCUGGAAGGACGGCGCUGUGUCCUUGGACGUCGUGCACCAUGCCCAAAUAUUCUCUUCAUACGAGGGGACCAAUUUCAACAGCUUGGCUAUCGAGACGCAACUUGGCCAUGUCCCGGAUAUAUCUGAUUAUUUUGUUUAUAUGAACGAUGACCUGUACAUGAUGCGCCCCAUGACGCCGGCUAGCUUCUACACUUCUGCCUACGGUAUCGUAUUGCACAUGGAGGCCUGGCUCAAAGUUCCUCCGUCGCGACCGACGCAUGAGACCAUGGGCGAAUGGCGCGGCAUGGGCGAGUCCAACUACAUGCUGAGUGAACGAUUCGGCGCACGUGAGCGCCCGUAUGUGAUGCACCAGGCAAAGAUCGUGUCCUCCGCGAUGCUCGCCGAGCUUGAGACGAUCUGGCCGGGCGCGUUCGCGCGUAGCUCAUCACAUCGUUUCCGCGAGACUUCUGGCCCCGGCGCGCCAUCGGACAUCAACACGCUCUUCCUCCACGCACACUUUAUCGUCGAGCGCGCGCGGGAGGCAUUGCUCUGGGCGUGGGUCGUUGGCCGCCUCGGUGCGCUCGACGACAGUUGGGGCGCGUGGGAGGGGCGCACGGCCUGGGAGGAGCUUGGCGGCGAAUGGGAAGUAUGGGACGACGAACGCGAGAUGGAUGUGCGCGGCGCGUGGCGCAGCACGCUCGAGCGUAAGCGUGUCGAAAGGGCGUUGGCGCGCAGCGGGGUCAAGGGCGGGCUCGGGAGCACGUCGUAUGUGUUUUCCUCUAUGGACGGGUACGCGUAUGCGGAUCUGGGCGAUCGCUUCCAGUCGUCGACGCCCGAUGUGCCCGAGGACGAGCUGCCCACUUGCCGGAUCAACUACGACCAGUGCUUCGCGGGCUUUGAACGCGCAAGUGACGUAUUCAAGCACAUCGCGUUCAAAGACGUCGAAUGUGGUGACUGUGUGAUCUCCGCGCUUGUCCGCGAGAGCGGCGACCUCGGGAACGCAGCAUUCCUCCCGCACCCUGCGCGGAAGCUACCGCUCGUCCCGGGACGGGGGCCAAGCUACGAAGGCCUCGACGACAUUCCGCACCUGCCGCUCGUCGAGCGGUGGCAAGACGGCGACUUUUCGCUCGGUGCAGUGAUGGGCACCGCGAGCGAGCGCAACCUGCGGGCGUGGAUUCUGCAGCUGCUGCAGCGCUAUCGCUACGUGAUGGGGUACACACCGGCGUCAUUUGAGCGGCUCGAGGAUCCGCAGCAGACGGCGGACGUGAUGGAGCGGCUGAGCGAGAACCACGAGGUGGUGCUGCUGUGCGUGAACGACGACGUGACGGAGGGCGACGCGCAGGUUGCGGCGACGUUCCGGACGUUCCAGGACGCGCAUUGGAGCAAGCGCGCGACGUGGGAGAGGCACGACUAG